AUGUUAAUCGCCCACGGAGCGGAAGUGUUGGGAAUCGAGUCGAUAGUUGUCUACAAGAGGGAUUGUAGCAUGAUCAUGGUGAAUGGGAGACGGACUAGAGCGCGGGCGAUGAUGGGAACUAGCUGGGGAUUGUGCAUGCAGUCCAACAGAAAGUGCGAUGUGUCCUUAGAGGGUUUGAACCUUAGAAGAGCCAAGACGGACACUCUCUUGCUGAUUCGACUUUGGUAUGAUGCUGAGAGCAAGGAAAUGGGACAUCUCAGAAUCGCGGCUCUAUGCUUCCUGGCUGUUCAGGGAUGCACAGCUUCUUUUCCUCAAUCUCCGAUCACCAUCCGCCACACGUCCAACGAGAUUGUUAGCGGACAUGUCAUCGAGGAUAACCAUAGGAACGGAUUUUUAUCCAAAGCAUGCUCCGCUUUCGAGGGGUUCAAAACUGCUCUCUCCUCCUGGCCAAGGAUUCGGAACUCUCGGCAGCUGCUUGCCGACGCUGCUCCUGCUCUUAUGCAGGGACCGCAACAGCAGCAAGAAGGAUCAGGACACAUGCGGGCAGGAGGAACAACGGUGCUGAAAGUCUAUCCCAUCAAGGGCGAUGGGAGGUGCAUGUUUCGCGCGAUUGCCAGGGCCCUUGCGCAUGCGGAGAAACGUCCUCUCUCAGAUAACUAUGAAACCCAAGACGCCGACUUCCUCCGCAAGGCUGCAUGGCAGGUGAUCUGCGUCGACAAGAGACAAGCGUUCGAGCAGGCGCGUGUGAUCGAAGGCGACAUGAAGCAGUACUGCGCUAACAUGAAGUCUCCCAACUUCUUCGGAGGAGAACCCGAGCUGUUCGUCCUCGCCGAGGAACUCCGACGCCCCAUUACCGUCUACGUGCCCCAGCAGGGAGGCUUCAAGGCCAUAGUGCAGUACGGGGCGAAGUACACCAAGGAGAGGCCCUCGAUCCGCAUCCUGUACAACGGGUCGAACCAUUACGACGCCUUGCUGGACUGA